AUGAGUGAAAGCGGUCAAGAUGUUGAUACCAAAAACUACAAGCGUAGGAAGUUUCAGAAUGGGGAUGUGGAACGGAAUAUAAUAAAAAAUCUGCCAGACACAAUGCUUCUGCACAUCUUAUCUUUCCUUCCUGCAAAAGAUGUUCUCAAAACUAGCAUAUUAUCUAAGAGAUGGCGACAUCUAUGGAUGUCUGUUUCUAAUCUUGACUUUGAAGAAUGGAUAGCAGAUAAAAGGACUCUCUUCUUAACUUCUGCAGAAAGAGCAAUGAUGUGGCGUGAUGUCCCAAAAAUAGAGAAAUUCUCCAUUGCAUGUGAAGUGUUGGAUGGUGCCUGUCGUAUUAAUGCAUUGAUAAGUAAUGCACUAUGCUUUAAAGUUCAAGAUUUAUCACUUGUCCUUGACAAUGGAAGUGAGACAUUUAUGUUGCCUCAUCACCUUUUCUUUUGUCCAACACUAACUGCACUGAAACUGCAAAUUACAGACAAUUUUCAACUUCCUUCUACUACAUGUUUUCCCAAUCUGAAUGAGUUAAAAUUGUCAUUUUGUAUAUUUUCGGAUGAGCAGUCAAUAUUACAGUUCUUCGGUGGUUGUCCAAAAUUGCAGAAACUGACUUUAAAUGAAUGUGAGUGGGGGGAUGCAAAGUUUGUGUGUAUUUCUACUCCCAUGCUUGAAUCCGUGGUCAUAUGUGAUGUUAACUGGGGUGGUGGUUGUCAAGUUGUGAUUUCUGGAGCAAAGGUCAAAUCCUUCUCCUACAGUGGUGAACUCAAAACUAAUUAUUGCUUAUAUUCAUCCUCCUCGAUAAUUGAUGCAUGCAUAGAAGUGAGGUCAAAAAGCAGUAUUGAACGGGAAAGGAGAGAAAGAGAAGCUGCUUAUCGUGUCCAUAAGCUUAUUAUGGAGUGCUGUAAUGUGAAAAGCUUGGUGCUGUCACCUGAUACUAUUGAGAUUCUUGCAUAUGCAGAAGAAUUAGAUCUCCCAGUGUUCCCGAGAUUGACUCAUCUCAAAUUGAAGCGGAAAUGUAUUGAUUUAUCUUGUCGUGCACUACAUAAAUUACUUCAGAAAUUGCCGCAUCUUGAAUGUCUUGAUUUUGGGAUGGGUAUCUUCUUGUCUAAGAAACAUAAAAAUUUCAUAUGGGAUCCAAUGCCUCCUUGUUUGUUGACAAAGCUCAAGACCAUCAAGAUCCACACGUUUUCUGCAACUGACAAGGAGUUGCACGCGGUCAGGAUUUUAUUCUCUAUUUCAACAGUUUUGGAGAAGAUGUAUAUUUCGGGUGGCUGGUUGAACCAGAAUGAGAUAUCCAAGCUCCCUAGAAAAUCAACUUGUGAAAUCAUUUACACAUGA